UUGACUGCUUGUGUUGCAGAAUAUGGUGGAUGAACUUUGUUCCGGACCUUGCAUGGCCCUGGAGAUCCAUGCUACCGACGCACCCAGAACCUUUCGGGAGUUCUGUGGACCCGCAGACCCUGAAAUUGCACGUCACCUUCGGCCCACCACAUUACGAGCGCUCUACGGCAAAAACAAAGUGCAGAAUGCCAUUCACUGCACCGACCUACCGGAAGACGGGAUUCUGGAGGUCCAGUAUUUCUUUAAGAUUUUAGAUGGGUGAAGCAACCGUGUGAAACAUCUUGCCAGCAGUUAUUU